AUGAGAAAGACGAAGAAGAGUAGCAGUACUACUUCAGAUUCAGAGUAUUGUCAAGCACAACAACCACCUGUAACUGCGGAAGAAGAAACAACUCCUCCUCCUCCUAAGCUUGACGAUGGUUUCUAUGAAAUUGAAAGGAUACGCCGUAAGAGGAUCCGAAAGGGUGAGCUCCAGUACCUCAUUAAAUGGCGUGGGUGGCCUGAAACUGCCAACACUUGGGAGCCACUUCAAAAUCUACAAUCGGUACCCGAUCUUAUUCAUGCAUUUGAGGAAAGCCUCAAAUCAGCUGGUGGUGCCGGAGGAGGAAAACAUCACCGCAGCAAGGGAAAACGCACAACCACUCUUCCACCUCACCCUCAACCCCAACCACCACAACCUACUAACGCAGAUCCUCCCACUGGCCUUCAUGCAGACAAUCUAGCAACACAUUUCCAGCAAACUCCUGACAAUCUUCAAUCGCAUGGGGAUCAGCCUCACCCUCAGCCUCAGCCUCAGCCUGACCGCACCAGAGGAGCCAAAAGGAGAAAACCCGCUUCCGUUAAAAGGUUCAAGAAAGAGGAAUGUGCUUCUCAUACUCAAACGGUUCAUACUAACAAUACAGCUGCCAAUGACAACUCUGCUGGUGGUAAACCUGAACUGGCCUGGACACCAACUAUUGUCAAGAUUCUAAAGCCAAUAGGAUAUUCAGCUUCUCUAUCCUCCUACAUGCAGGAUGUUUCCGUUACCUUUAUGGCUAUGAGGUCUGAUGGAACAGAAGUGAUGGUGGAUAACAAAUAUCUCAAGACAAACAAUCCUCUUUUGCUGAUCAAUUUCUAUGAGCAGCAUCUCCGAUACAAUCCAAGUUCUUAA